AUGAUUUUAAACUAUUUAUCUGCUGCUCAUCUUCAAGAUUGUAUCUAUAUUUUAUCCCAGCACGACGAUUUAUCUUAUUACAGUGUAAAAAUAGAUUUUCUUAAGCUAUUUGAAUCACAUCCAGAUGUUGGUGACAAGGUUUUAUGUAGUCCUAUUGAAACAUUGCCUAUUUGCAGUGAAGAUAUUAUAAAACUGCAAAGAAAUAUCUUAGAAAAUGCAGAAUAUUCGCACUUAGUGUCUAAGCUUAAUCAUUGCAGUUUAAAGAAAAAUGUUCAUGCAAGGUUCUUUGGGUUACCAGUCUGUCCAGAAUUGCACAGAACUAUAUUCCCUAAGAAUGUGGACUUGGGAUGUUUUUUGAGAGUAAACGGGACAGUAGUAAGAGUAACACAGGCAAAAAUGUUGGAAUACCAAAGGAAAUAUGUUUGUGCGAAAUGCAAAUAUGAGAACAUAAUAAAAGCAGAUUUUGAAAACAGAUAUAUCGUCAAGGCCCCAACUAAGUGCAGAAAUAUUGAAAAUAGAUGCAGAUGUUCUACAUUUACACAAAUCAAUCUUGUUUCAAGAGAAUAUUGUAAGGAUUAUCAGGAAAUUAAAAUACAAGAACAAGUAAACAAGCUUAAUAUUGGUACAAUCCCAGGAUCUAUGUGGAUAGUUUUAGAAAAUGACUUGGUGGACUCAUGUAAACCCGGUGAUGAUGUUAUUAUCUGUGGAGUUGUUCGUCGGCGCUGGCGUCCAUCUUCACAAACAAAACGAUCUGAAGUGGAGUUAGUAUUUCAUGCGAAUUACAUGGAAGUUAUUAACGCAGAGCGAUCAAAGGUUGUUGCCGCUGCACCAGAUGUCAAGGAUUGCUUUAACGAGUUUUGGUCAAAAUAUGAACAGUGUCCUUUAAAAGGACGAGAUCAAAUUCUUUCCUCAGUAUGCCCACAGGUAUAUGGUCUACAUCUGGUAAAGCUGGCUUUACUUUUAACAGUAAUCACUGGUUCUAACCAUGUUAUAGAAAGUGAUAGUGAGAAACAAAAGGUAGAAGAUAAUUAUACCACCCAUGUUAGAGGUCAAUGCCAUUUGCUGUUAGUUGGAGAUCCAGGUACUGGUAAAUCUCAGUUGCUCAGGUCAGGUGCUGACUUGACUGCUCGCUCAGUCUUCACAUCCGGUGCAGGUAGCACUAGAGCUGGUUUAACUUGCGCAGCACUGAGGGAGGAAGGUGAAUGGCAGUUAGAAGCAGGAGCCCUAGUUUUAUCAGAUGGGGGAGUGUGCUGUAUUGAUGAAAUAUCUCAUCUUCGUGAUCACGACAGAACAGCUAUACAUGAGGCUAUGGAGCAACAAACUAUCUCGAUAGCUAAGGCGGGAAUCGUAUGCAAACUAAAUACCCGUUGUGCUGUGAUAGCGGCUUGCAAUCCUAAGGGUCACUAUCAGACCGACCAGCCGCUAAGCGUUAACGUGUCACUUGGCACACCAUUAUUAAGUAGGUUUGAUCUCAUCUUCAUCCUAUUGGACUCUAAAAACCAAGAAUGGGACAAAUUAGUGUCAUCCUAUAUAUUAUUCGGUGGAAAUUCAUCUGAUUUUAAAAAAAGAUGGACUAUGGAAAAAUUACAGAUGUACAUCAGCCUCAUUGGGCCAAGAGGAAUAGAGAUGACGAAAUCUGCAAACUCCAUAUUACAACAGUACUACAUGAUGCAAAGAAAAUCUGUAUACAGGGACCCUUCAAGAACAACUGUUCGAAUGCUCGACAGCCUUGUAAGAUUGUCUCAUGCACAUUGCCGAUUGAUGUACCGAACUACUAUAUUACCGUUGGAUGCUAUCACGGCUAUCUCCUUAGUAGAUUUAUCAAUGCAGGAUUGUACUCUAUCAGAUACCGUUGAUGCUCUUCAUUCCACGUUCCAAAAAUAUCCUGACUUUGAAUACCUUUGUAAUGCGAAAAAAAUCUUGACACGUCUAAAUUUAUUCGAAGUAUGGAAAGAAGAAUUACUUUACUACGCAAAGUUAUUAAAAACUGACCAUAAAAGCUUGGAAGACGAUAUAGAUAAUAAUAAAAGUAGAUUAUUUGCUAAAAUAGAUGAUAUUGAGGAUAUUAAUAUACCACUUUCUGCAACACUUGUUACAAGCACCUAUUUUAAUAAGAAAGAGUAUAAUAAUCAGGAUAAAGAAAAUAAGGAGAAAAUAAUCAAUAAAAAGUUGGCCGCGACAUUAGUUAAACAUGCAACACUCAACAAGCAAGAAAGAAAACCACCCACAGUACAGAAAAAGAGUAGAGCAAAACGUAAAAGAAAAGAAGUCGUGAUUAAUACGAAAAUGCAACUACAAAAAGCAAAAAAGUUAAAGGAAAAUAAGCAAGUACAAUCAAAUGAUUCUGAUAGUGAGGACAUUGAUGUUAAUAAUAUGUUGAAUGCUGUCCCUAGUGUUAAUGAUGCCUUUACUGACUUAGGCAUUGAUUUUAACAUGGAUGAUUCUUUAGGUGUAUUAGAUGAAGAGAAUGAAAAUAAUAUUAAUCAAGAUAAUUUAGAAAGAGAUAAAACCAACAAUCAUGAUCAUGAUAUGAAUAUUUCUAAAAAUUCUAAAUUAGAUAUUACAUCUAAAUGUGACAAUCCAAAUAUAAAGCAUAGUACUAAAUUUAAACUGAAACAAUUUCAGUUUUCUGGUAAACAUGAUUUAAACAAAUAUUAUGAUGAAUCAAUAAAACAAGAGGUUUUUAGCACAGAUUUACCUGAAAAUAAAAAGUCAACAGAAAUUAAGAAACAGCCUGUUAGUAACUCCCAAGUAUCCAUGUUUGAAAGUUCCGACUGUGAUAUAGACUUAGAUUUAUAA